UACUUCCUAGUUACGCUUGAGCCCAGAGGGCUUGGGGGGGGGAAACAGACAGGUCGCAUUUGAUUUACUGUUUCGAACGGAGUUGUUUUAAAAGUGUUGGUUGCACACUAAAAACGAGGACGCGACUCUUCAGACAUUAUCGACCGAUUUAUAUAUGACCCAUGAUAACAUAAACAGGCCGACCCUGCGCUUGGCGAAUGACGAAGCUUUAAACGCGCCACGUCACUACAAGGAGUCGUGGAACCCCGGAACUGAGACGAACCCCGCCGUCACCCAGUGAUUAAACUGUGACGUUUCGACGUUUCCCCCGCUUUCGUGUGCUGCAAUUUUGUUUUUUUCCGUGUUACUUGACAUUUGCCUACCGAGGGAAAGAAGAGUCGUGCGGUCGCCUGCCCCAAAAUGACGGCGUCCAACUGGGGUCUGAUAAUGAACGUGGUCAACAGCAUUGUCGGCGUGAGCGUGCUCACCAUGCCCUUUUGCUUCAAACAGUGUGGGAUUGUACUGGGAAUUCUCCUGUUGUUCCUUUGCUCCUGGAUGACCCACAAGUCAUGCAUGUUCCUGGUUCACACCGCAAGCAAUACUAAGCGAAGGACCUAUGCUGGAUUGGCCUUCCACGCUUAUGGAAAACCAGGAAAAACUCUGGUAGAAACCAGUAUGAUCGGCUUGAUGUUGGGAACCUGCAUUGCCUUCUAUGUGGUCAUUGCAGAUUUGGGCUCAAAUUUCUUUGCUCAGCUGUUGGGUUUACAGGUGACGGGCAGUUUUCGUGUGCUGCUGCUGAUCGCUGUGUCGCUCUUCAUCGUGCUCCCACUGAGUCUGCAGAGGAACAUGAUGUCCUCCAUUCAGUCCUUUUCGGCAAUGGCGCUCAUGUUCUACACCUUCUUCAUGUUUACGAUGGUGCUGUCUUCAUUCAAACAUGGGCUGCUCAGUGGCCGGUGGCUAGGGCAGGUCAAUGUGGUGCGCUGGGAGGGGGUGUUUCGCUGUCUCCCCAUCUGUGGGAUGGCCUUCGCCUGCCAGUCUCAGGUGCUGCCGACCUACGACAGCCUGGAGGAGCCGUCCGUCAAACGCAUGAGCACCAUUUUCACCUCGGCCCUCAACGUCGUCACUGUCUUCUACAUCACUGUGGGCUUCUUCGGCUACGUCAGUUUCACAGAGAACAUUGCAGGCAACGUGCUGAUGAACUUCCCUUCCAACUUGGUGACCGAAGUGAUCCGGGUGGGCUUCAUGAUGUCCGUCGCCGUCGGUUUCCCGAUGAUGAUCUUACCGUGCCGUCAGGCCAUCAACACCAUGCUCUUUGAGCAGCAGCAAAAAGAUGGGACAUUUGCUGCCGGUGGAUACAUGCCUCCUCUGCGCUUCAAGAUGAUCACACUCAGCAUCGUGUUUGGCACCAUGCUGGGAGGCAUCCUCAUCCCCAACGUGGAAACCAUUUUGGGUCUGACUGGAGCCACCAUGGGUAGCCUCAUCUGCUUCAUAUGCCCCGCUCUCAUCUACAGAAAGAUCCAGAAGAGUGGCAUCAUCGCUCAGCUCGUGCUUUGUGUGGGUCUGGGCAUCCUUCUCAUCAGCACCUUCACCACCCUGUCCAUCUCAGCCCAGGACCCCGGCACCAGAGUCCAAGCUCCUCCUCAUCCAGCACCUGACAAGCGCAACAUGAAACUGCCAGACAGCAUUGUGCUGCACGAGAAUCUUCCAGAUAUGAAACCAGUGGACAUACAACAACCAGACAUCCAAGCAGUGGAUGAGCUGCAACCUAACAAGAGACAGCCAGUCGAACCCCUACAAAUUAAAGGACCAGUGGGACUGCCUGAGAGCAAGAAGGAGGAAGAGGUGCAGUUGGACCGCCCCGAUGCUGGUGUAGCUGUGCCAGAGGGAGAAGCGCACCGCCACGAACCACCUAUCCCACAUGACGAGGUCCAGAUAGACACAAGAAAGAACAAUGCAGAGUUGGAGGAGGAAAAGAAAAUAGUGGAGGAAGAACACAAACGAGAUGAAGAGCAAGGUGGAGGUCAGGCUGCUGCUCAAAUAGAGGAGAGUGCAGAAAACUUACUGAAGCCUGCAGUAGUGGUUGUGAAGAAAGAGGAACUGGACCUGGGUGGAGGUGAACUCCAGUCCAAUGAGGUGCUUGAGAAGGUGGUGGAAGAAGCAGCAAAGAAUCAAGAAGACAUACCCCUGAAAGAAGUGGAGAAGCUAGAUGCUGUGAAAGACCCACUGGCCGCACGCGCCAAUGAAGCUGUAGUGGCGCAAGCAGAGAAAGUUGGCAAAGCUGCUGAGGCUGCUGGGAAACCGCCACCUGCUGCUGAAGAAGACCCAGCUACAGACAGCAAAGAUGCCGGAGAGGAGAAGAUGGAUGUGAUAAAAAAGCUGGUUGCAGAAGGCCAGCUGGACCACGCAGUACUGCUGCAGGUCAUCAAGGAGCAGCAGGAACAACAUAAGAGAAUCCUUGACCAGCAGGAGAAGCUUCUGGCAGUCAUAGAAGAGCAGCACAAGGAAAUCCACCAAAAGCAGCCAGGUGACCCCCAGGAGCACGCGGAAGAGGCAGAAGGAGGAGCGGCGAAACCCAGAGACUCAGGCCUGGCCUUAGAUGCGCAGCAGCCUGAAGAGGCAGCAGGCAUCGGGGCUCCGCAAGUGGCCGUCGCCGAUCCUCGUGCUGUGGUGCAAAACGGAGGUCAAGUUGAAGACAAGGGAGUCAAGGCAGCCAAUUUAGCUGCUCCGGCACCUUACAAAGAGAACAACCCGGUUGAGUCACAGCAGCAGAGUGAGCUGGGGGCGAGAGGAGUGCCCCUAAUGAGGAAAAUACCUGAGGGCCAUCAGCCAGUAGCUCACAAUGAACACGCAGCCCAAGUUAGAGAUAAGGAACACAACCUAGAUGAUGAAAAAGAGAAGAUGGAGAAAGAGGCCCAGGCCAAACUGGAACAGCUUGAGAGGGAGAUGAAGGAAAAGGUGGAGUUGGAGAAGAAGAGAGCAGAAAGAGAAAGAUUAGAAAAAGAACUGGAGAGGGAGGCAGAGGAAAAGCUGGCCAGAGAACAGGAGCGGCUGGAAAGAGAGAAGAUUGAGAAAGAAGUGCAGGCUCGGGUGGAAAAGGAACGACUGGAGAGGGAGAGGCGAGAGAAGCUGGAGAAAGAGAAGGCGCUAAAGGAGAAAUUAGCACAGGAGAAGGCUGCCGAGGAGAAGCGCCAGGAGGAAAUUCAAAAAGCAGAAAAUGCUUUGGUUGAGAGGAAAGAAAAGGAGGCGGAGGAGAGGUUAGCUCAGUUGGAGCGAGCCAUAGAAGCCCACAACGCCGGCAACGCCGCACAGGGAGCUCCGAGAGAAGAUGGCAAAGCUUUGAAGAAAGGAGGACGAGACCUCAAAGAGAAAGUUGCCGCUCAGGCGGACCCGGGAGAGGACGCCGAAGACGGGCCCGUCAAAGCCCAGGCUCGCUCUCGGGGCUCCCAUGAGAACGCGCGGGACGAGGGAGAGAUGGAUCUAAGACGGAAGCGCAGGGCCCUAGGAGGCGGCGAAGACGUUGGCGCUCCGGAGGGGCCUGGGGUGCCCAGGGCCGUGCGUGGGCUGGAGCCCCUGCUGGAGCUGGGGGGGCCCGACCUGCACGUAGCCCUGGAGGAGAAGCUGCUAGCGGGGGCAAUGGUGCACUCACGGCAGAUUAAGCAGACCUCAGAGGAUAAGGAGAUCAAAUAACACACAUCACUCACACUCUCUUUACAGUUCGACCUGGACAGGCUUCAAAUAUAUAGAAGGAGACCAUGACGUUGCCUACAGGUUUGUUACAAAAAAAUACAGUGGUGCCUUGAGAUACGGGUUUAAUUUUUUCCAUGACCACACUUGUAACACAAAACGCGCAUUUCAAAUCAUGUUUACCCAUUAAAAUGAACGGAAAUGCCGUUAAUCCACUCUAGCCUCCCCCUAAAAAAAAGUUUUUAAUUUAAAAAAUAUUUGUGAUAUUUAAAAAAUUGUAGUGAUAACUAAAUGAACGUACAGUAAAUGUCAUAACUCCUGGUGUGUGCAGUUUGCCCACCGGGCUGCAGUCAUGAAGACAAAUGAAGAUGACUGACACCUACUCUAAGUGACUCAGUAAAUUGCAGUAAUAUUACUUAUUUGUAGAAAAUAAAAGGCCUGUAAGUAUUGUCUGUCUAUAUGUGUUGAUGGGCCUUUGUUCAAAUAUUUUGCUUUAAAGUGUUAUAAUAACGUGACUAUCGAUGCUAUUCAUUAGCCAGCCUACGGUGUUUUGCAUUGCAUGUUAGCAUUAAGAUAGCAGAAGGCAAAGCCUCUCGUGAAUUUUACUCUGCAAACUGCUGCUUGUUAUAAAGUGAAUCGAGUUGAGUUCAACUUAAUCGAGUUUAAUUGGUACUUAACAGUCCUCUUCAUUCAAACGGUUCACAUUUUGACAUGAGCCCAAGAUGUCACUAUCAGGUUCCAACAUAGUUGCAGAGACUGGAAGCGUCACAGAAAGGCACAGACGUCAACAUCAAAGAGCUUCAUGCCGCAAACAAGUUUUGUAAAAAAAAAUUUUUUUUAAGAGAACAAGUGCAAAAAGUACCAAAAUAAGCAUUUAAAAGUUUAGAGAAGGUCCAAUUAAGUUCACCUGCAAUUGCAUUUUAGCAUCAUUCUGAAAUUUCACCUGAAAGCUGUAACUUUUUUUGUGAGGAGUGUUGUAGUGGCUUUAAAGGCUUUUUGCUGUAAAAGUUUAAUCUAAAGUCCUUAUUAAGGAGCAAAGUCUUUGUACAUAUUAACUUAUUUUUGUCAUGUGGGGGAGAAUUAUUAGUUUAAAUGUAUAUAAAUCUAUACAAAAGUUUCCAUCGAGGGUGGAUUAUAUCUAAUGAAUAUCAUGUGUCACUUUUUUACCUUUGAGGUUCCUGGUUUUUUUUUUGGUGUAAAUACUGUAAAUAUUGAUGUGAUGACAAAUCUAUACUUUUGAUUUCUAAGUCUCAGCUCAACAUUACGCUGGACCUGCCUAUGUGUAUACUUUUAAAAAAACUCAUUUAAUGAAGCUACUUCACCUACGACUUAAGCUAUUCAUUCUAUUUCCCCUUUGGUUUCUGUGCCUUGUAAUCCAUGUGCAGCUGUGGUCAUGUAAGAAGUAUUUUUGCUGUAGAAGUACAGUAACAUUGUAUAAAAAAUGUAGCGCAAAACAUUUUGUCAGCAUUUCAGCACAUGCGUUGCUUUUGUACAGAGGUAUUUUCUGACUAUUUUUCUAUUUACACUUUUUGUGUGUAUUCCAAUAAUAAUAAACGCUCAAUCAC